AUGGCAGCACCGAUGUCUUUGGCUUUAUUUUCAGUCAUUUUCUUGCAGAUAUCUUCAUCUUACGAGCAAGUACCUGCUUUUGUUGAGGGGAGUUCAGAUGAAGCACCAUCACAAGACAACCAAAUCAGAGAAAAUGGAGUCGGAGGGGAGAGUCAGAGCGUCUCAUACGAUCACGGCUCGUUGUUCGCAGCGGAGGAGAUGAGGGCGCCGCUGCAGCCACAUGACUGGAGACUGCCGUCUCAUCAGCCUAGCAGGAGAAAGUUGCUGCAGUAUGGUGGGAUCAUGCCCUACUCUCCUCUGAAUGUGGUUUAUAAUGGUAAAACGUGCAUCUUGUUUCGAGCCAGGAAGCUGGCCAUCAGGUACAGAAAUCAUACACUCGUGGACCUCACACAGAGAGUGUUUGGCCCUGAUGCAAUAGUGGACACCAGAGGCUCAUUCUGCAGCAAGGACAAGGCCACACUCAACAUACGAUUCGGAGAUGUGGAGGAGCUCAGAGGACUUGCCAUCAGACUGCAGAUGUCCAACACGUUCUACGAAUCAGGAGGACAGAACUGGUUCACGCUGGACAGCGUCCACAUCCACUACAACUGGACACACGAGGCCACGUUCAACGCCACGGAUGUGUACGCUCCCUCCACCAAUUCGUACCACUGCCAACACGUCAGCAGCCUGCAGAAAUACGACACGCUGCUGGUGCCCAGCUCCAACACGGACAACGCGGCAAACUGGCACAUCACCUUCACAGACUUCCAGAUUCAAGCAUUCAACGUUCACUCAAACAAGUUCUCCUCAGCCACUGACUGUGCUACGUUCUUCACCCCGGCCAUCCUCAUGGGCCUCAUCACGUCGCUGAUCCUGCUGCUCGUCCUCGCCUAUGCCCUGCACAUGGUGGUCCACCUCAAGCACAUUGACCGCUACGAAGAACACAAGACCACCGUCUACUUCCCCAGAAGCACAGAAGCUGAAAACACUGAGAAGAACAACCUGUAG